AUGAGGCAGUUUUAUACAACUCCUGUAAGUAAUUCAAAAUUUGAUAAUUCUUUAUCAAUAAAGGAAUCUUAUAAACCGAGGCAAUCAGGCUUAGAGACGUUAGGUGAGAAACCUAGUCAGGAAGAAGAAGAAAAAGAUAUAGUAGAAACAAAUGAACCAACAGGAAAUCUUACCUCUGAAGAAAUUGAAGAAUCUAUGAAUGGUAUUACAGAGUUACCUGUCGAAUUAUCGCAUCUAAUAGAUGUAUUUAUUAUAGAUUUAAAACAGCCAAAAUAUCUUAGACCUUUAACUAUAAUUCAAUUAUCUUAUUUAUUUCAAGGGUUUUAUACAAAAUUUGAUAAAUUUUGCUUUCAAUAUCUUUCUAAUAAUGGUACAACGAAUCAGAUGACGAUAACACCAUCUGCAACUUCAUUUUUCACAGCAAGAGAGUCUCUAAGUACAGGUCUUAGUGGAAUAUUUGCACGAAGUAGAAGUAGUAGCACAGCAAGUGGUACAUCUAUUACAAGAGCCCCCCGAAGAUCAUCAUCGCUAUUCAGUUUGGAAUCAAAUUCAACAGGAAAUAUUACACAAAUGUUAUCUCCAGAAGAAAUUAAGAUACAUUUAAAGACAAAUGAACUGAAUAAUUUAAAGAUUGAAAAGUAUAUGAUAUUAUGUGAAUCUUAUAUUUUCAAUAAAUUAUUAGAAGUUGGAAUAUCCGUAUCAUCUCCAAUAAAACAAAACCCAUCAUCAUCUUCGAUCGAUACUUUGUCAUCGUCACCAAGUGUAGAAAAAACUCAAGAAAAAUUAAAUCAUUCGAACCAAGAAAUAUUUAAUGUGUCAAGCCUAUUUAGAAACACACCAGAAUUUGGAGAUUUUGAUAAAUUAUUAACUGAAAAAUUAAGAUGCUUGUCAAAAUUAUCUCUUGAUGGUAAGAUUAAUUUAGAUGAUUUUUUAGGUGUUCCUGAUUCGGUUGAUUUCUCAAAUGAAUCUAAAAAUAAAGAUGUUCGGGAGUCCUUAACAAAAUUCACGUAUUAUUCAACCUCACCAUAUGAAAAAGUUCAAAUUUUACUUAAUAUUCAUGAUUCGAUGACAUAUUACAAAGGAAUGUCAAAUGACGAAUUUUUAUCCAUGUUAAUAUAUUAUAUUAUUAAGUUUAGACCAAGGAAAUUGUUUUUAAAUGCUGAAUUUAUCAAAUUAUUCAGAUAUAAGAAGAAAUUAAUUCAAAAAGAACUUUAUGCAUUGACUAAUUUGGAGGCGGCUCUUCUCUUUAUAGAAGGGUUAACUUUAGCAGACUUUUCAGAUGAAUUACAAGAUGAACUUACAACUCAUGAAAAGAAAAUAUUGGAAUCAAAAGUUAGUGACGUUAUAACGUUACCAGGUAGCAACGGAAAAAAUAAUCUUCCAACUGCAGUAAUUGAUUCUCCAACACCUAUAAAUCGCCAGAAUGGUAAUGAUAGUAUCGGUUCAAGAACCAAUUCAAAUGAAGGAUUCAGAAACACAUUUGAUGGUUCACUAAGAAAUAUUAUAAGUAAGAUAAGAUUAUACACCCCACCAACUGUUAAUAACUUAAAACCAUUGCCACUGCCUAGAAGUACCUCGCAAUUGUCAAUGGAUUACGAUGGGGGUUCCCCUCUUAGAUCACUGGCAUCUCCUAAUAAUGGUAGCAGUGGAGAAGAAGAUAAUACACAUGCGGGCACUUUAACACCAGGUAGAAGUGUUCAGCGAUCCAUUCCUGAGGAUUGGAAGAAAUACAGAAGUUUGAAGUUUGAAGAUUUAACAAUUACGCAAUUGAAGGAAGUAUUUGAGGUAUACCAAAAGAUGAUAGAAUAA